AGAUGUGGGAAAACACAGCGACGUGUACCGCAGCAGAAGCUUAUUUCCGAAGUUUAGAGGUCUUUACCUACCGUGUAUCGCUGUUAAAAUUUGAACAACUUUCACGCAGAUAUAUCGAGUGAGAGAGAGAGAGAGAGAGAAAAAGAGAGUGAGUGAGUGAGGGAGUGAGGGAGAGAAGACCCCCGCAAACCUCGCUCGAGAAAUAAUUACAAAUACCUGUGAAACAGGUAUGCCGUUCACGGGCUUCUGGUUCUUUCAUGUGUAACCGCGUAUCGUGAAUACGCACUCGACGGUUGAUAAUGCCGCCGCGAAAUAUAACCUGCCACGGAACGUGAACACCGUAAAGUAAUUCUGGCAGAAGAAACGAGAAACAACGUCGACAGCUGCAUUCCAAUUACCUUACCAACUCGCUUGUGGAGGAUUCUUUAUGGUUUCUACUUUUCAAUCUAUUCCUCGGCCAGUGAUACAAUAAAGGAAGAAAUAAUCGUAAGUAUAGCUGCAAGAGUUCCAAACAAACCAUCAUGGAGCACUCGGACUUGGUAGCAGAGAUGAUGCACAUUGAGAGAUUGACGACUCAGGAACGACUCCAUUUGGCACGUCAUCGGAGGCUGCAGCAGCUGAAGCAAUGGCGUCAUCGAGAAAAAGAAUGGCUCCGUCACCAGAAUAAACACCCAAGCAAUAAACGUCACAUAUUUUUUAGCGACAGCGUUAUGCUUCUAGAAGCUGCGGCUAGAAACGAUCUCGACGAAGUGAGAAGGCUUUUGAAGAAAGAGGUGAAUCCUGAUUCUACCAACGAGGAUGGAUUGACCGCGCUGCAUCAAUGUUGCAUUGAUGACAAUGAAGAAAUGAUGAAAAUACUCGUUGAAUUUGGGGCAAACGUCAAUGCGGAGGACAGUGAAAAGUGGACACCGCUUCACGCUGCUGCGACUUGCGGCCAUCUUCACUUAGUACGCUACCUAAUUGCGAGGGGUGCUAACUUACUGGCCGUCAACGCGGAUGGAAACAUGCCGUACGACAUAUGCGAGGAUGAGAAAACCCUCGACUGCAUAGAAGGUGAAAUGGCAAGACGCGGUGUUACGCAAGAAUUAAUUGACGAAACUAGGGCUGGAACUGAGGUGCAGAUGUUGCGAGACCUGCAGAAGAUCGCAGCCCAAGGCGGUGACCUAGAAUAUACCGAUCAUCAAGGUGCUACACCUCUUCACAUAGCAGCAGCAAACGGGUACCUCAGAGUCGUUGAAUUUCUUCUUGAUCAGCACGUUUCAACCGAUGUUGUGGACAAUGAUAAAUGGCAACCUGUUCACGCAGCUGCCUGUUGGGGACACCUCGAGGUGCUUGAGUUGUUGGUACACAAUGGAGCUGACCUGAAUGCGAAAAAUAAACACGAAGAAACUCCUGCCGACAUCUGCGAGGAUCCCGAACUGAGAGAGAGAAUUAUGGAGCUGAAAACCGAACAGGAGAGUAAACGACUGCAAGAAGCCCAGAAGCGAAGAGUACGAAGAUCUCAGAGUAUAAAUACGCGAACGCAAAGCGUUCGGCGAACAUCUAUCAGGGACAAAGUACUUACCACGAAAAAAGACGCUCAGGAGGAAGCUAGGCUCAGGAUACAAGCACAGCAGACUUACGUUGGUGCACCUACACAGAACAUAACACCAACAGAGAAUAGCACCAACGCACACGAUGCAACUUCGGAAGACACAGAAUCGACCAGCUUAACUCCUGCGGUGAGGCGAGGGCCCGAAGGGAAGGACAAUGAUUCGUUUAUGCAUGAAGACGUGGAUAAGGACUCAGUCGCAGGGCCUGACCCGCCUGUCGGCAACCAGCAGUCCUCCAUUUACACAGCCGAGACCGAUGCUAAUGGCAAGAUCAACAUACACGUGUCUGUAGUGUUCGUCAAAUCACUCUCGGACCUGAAGAAGCAGAGGGCCCAGAAUCGUCACACACCCACAAACUCGGUGGACGCCAAUGGCAACGGAGUACCGACGCCCGUCUCUUCGAUAUCCGGCUCAGAGUUAAACACCAGAGACUUCCAGAGGUUCACAGGAAACACCAGCGACAUCCUUGCAGAUAGUCAAUCGGAUAAGGGCUGCUGCGUCUUGAUGUGAAGCGCGCAGUGAGUUGUGUUAUCUCAAAUAUUUCAAACGCCGCACCAGUUAUUCGAUUUUAAAUUUCUAGAGUAGAUAGUGUAUUUAUGUUCCCUUAUCGCAUCACAGUUCGCAGGAUACAUUCCAUAUAAUUUAUGUUGUUAACUUUGUUUUUUUCUUUUUUGUGACAAUACAUCGUAGUGUAAGUCCCUUUUUUUUUUGUUGUAAAUCUUGUGCUCAAUAUUACCAGUUAUUAUCGUAUUCCUGUUGGAAUUCAAUUAUUCUUUAUUAUUAGACGUUUGUAUGUUAAGCAAAGAACGAGCUGAAAAGCUCCUGUUUGGUCAAUUUCUUAAUCUAUGUAAGUAAAAUCGAUACCAUUCGGUAUCUAAUGAAAUAGUUGUUCGCAAAUUAGGAAAAUGGUAAAACUUUAGAAAGUAUCGAAUAAAUUACGAGUUUAUGAACUAGUAUUAAAAAAUGAUCCAAGUUUUACUUGCGUCCUUGUAAAAAUUGCUCCAACAUUUUUUGUCUUUACAAAAGCAAUUAUGCAUUUAGAUAAGAGCGUUUUGGAAAUGCGAGGCUCUUGAUUCUGAAACAGUCUUCGCAUUUUACAUGUAUAGUUUUUUUCCUGACACUCGGGUGAUAUGUGUCGUAUCUAUUUGUAUAAUAAGUUAUAUUAGCAUAGUCUUAGAAACUCACCGGGUGAAAAAGUUUUUCUCUAUUCACAGCAAUAUUUGUUGAAUUUUUCAUUCAUUUCGUUACUUAAUCGUAUGGUAGUCGGUGGCACUAUUUUAUGCAUUUGUUAUCGAAAAUUUUCAACUCAAAAUCAAAGACACGAGCCCACCAAAGCUUAAUGAAAGAUAAGUGUUAAAUAGUACAAUGCUUUUUUGCAUUCUGAUUCUAAAACAGCUCCUCUCAUUCGAAUUCAAAUUCUCAUUUCUUACAUUUUAUUUUAUUCUUUCAUUUCAAUUUAAAAUCAGUGAAUAAAAUUGAAAUAAUUAGAAACUAGUGCCUAAAAUGGCGCCACCUUGGAAUCUGCGCUACGUGUCGUUGAAGUUCAAUUAACUCAAAGUUGGCGUAUACCAUCAAUGAGUUAAAUUGAGAACACAUGCACUUGACUACGAAUGAAUUUUGUGAAAAUACUUAAUUUGUUAUUGCUGCAACGUUUGCCAUAGUUAAAAACUAACAAUAAAGAACAAGAAAAAAAUUUUUUCUCACCUUCAAAAUUAACUUUCCUAAAUUUAAGUUACUUGAGUCAUUAUUUUAGUAUUAGACAAUUGAUAAGCCAGUCAUGAUUUCGUCAUAUUUACAUUUCUGUUAAGAAAUAUGAAGUUUUCUGUGAGUUAUACGUAACACUUAUACCCGGACUUUAAUAGAUAUUUUCAUGAUAGACGUUGCGGGAUUAACAAGUUGACGUAUACUUGUAUUCCGAAUAUCUACUUAUGUUUUCACACAGCACAUGUAAUGUAUGUACGUUUCAUUCCUUCUCUUGAAUUCGACCCUUACACAAUUAUGCAAUAGUUGACGUAUUUUGAUAUUCGGUCCAUUGAUUUUAAAAGUGGCACAACUCCGUCGUCAGUAAUUAGUUUCAAGGCUGUUCAUUUUUUUUCACCAAAUUCCUACCGUAUUCAACAACUUAGCUAAUCGUAAGAAUUGAGUUGUACUAGGGUUAUAAUCAAUUGCUCAUUUAUGAUAAAAAAAAAAAAAAUAAUAAAUAAAUAAAAGAGAUUAAAGAAAGUGCUGAAGAACUGUGGCAACGUAAUAUUACAGUUCUGUAUACAUUCCUAAGAUCAAAACACCUUUUUGUAAUUUGUGAAAGAAGAAAUAUUCGACAAAAAGAAGUAUUAUUACAAUAGGUAUGUACGUGCAAAGAUGGGUAUUAAACUGACGUAUAAACAAACAUAAUAUAACUUUUUAUAUUUUUUUUUUUUGGCAAUAUGAAGAUAAGCGAAGGAAAAAGAAAUAAGAAAAGGAAAAACUAUCUUUCUUACUUACAAUUAGCAAUAAGAGAUCGGGAGGCAUAUGUACUUAAUAUAAUAUUGCUUAAAAAAGAAAACAUUCCAACUAUAUAGAUAUACAUAUAUAUGUAUAUAAUAAAUAUAUAACGUUUAACAAAUGGUAUUUUGGAGAACUUUAUGCUUAUAAUAUGAUAAUAGAAAAUUAUUUGAAUGUUUAUAACAUGUAUUAUUUUAUAUAUUGUAGUAUUAUCAUUAUCGUUUGAUAUAAGAUCAGCCUUAUUGAUGUUCUGUUUUAUCUCAUUUUUUUUUUUUUUUUUACCGGAUUAUAUAAUAUAUAAUGCACAGAAAUUGUAAAUAACUUGUACCUUAUACGUCUCACAAAUUGUAAUAAUGAACCAAUUGUUUCAAUUGAAAACGAAAGAAUCGAUUGUUUCAAUCGUAUGAAUCAGCGAUGCUUUAAGUAUAUAUACAUAUAUUUUUUUCGAAACAAAAAAGAUGGACGAAUAUAAAAUAAAACUGUGGCGUUAUGGCGAAAUCAACUAACAAUUCUUUGCCGAUGUUAAAAUUAUUCAGUCAUGCUUUAAUCAAUGUCGAUAAAUAUAAGAAUAUAACUAUAACAUCACAUAUGUAUAUAUACACCUAUAAUUUGCAGCUGUACGAUGUACGUUAAUAUGUUUAAUCGGAAUGUUACAAAAUCAAUUCCACGCGUAUGCCAAGUUAAUGUAAAGUGCAAAAAAAAAAAAACAAACAAACAAACUAAAACAAAAAAGAUAUUAAUUUAUGGCAGUAUUAAGUCAUCGUAAACAUUCCGCAAUACCGUCCAUACAAUAUUUUUUCUGUAAAAUUAAACAACGUAUAUUUGUAACUUCUGUAAUAUUCUAGUCAAAAAGAAGAUGAAAAAAAAAAAAAAAAAUAGCGAAUCCUUCCGCGCAUCAAGAUCCGUCACUAUUAGAAAUGUCAAAACUAUCGAGAAACUCUGGGUUGUGAAUUGUGAAUUUUUUUUAUAAAAUAUUUUGCGGCUAAGCGAUUAAAGUAAAAGAGAUGAAGCGCUCCUAUAGCUGCAAGAUUGAAGAUAAAUUAUUCAAAACUGCGAUUUUUAUUUCGGAAAUUUUACACUGCUGUAAAGACUUGUGCAGUUGACUGUAGAAUGAAGUGUUAAACUCAAUUUAUCACGUAUUAAAGAAUUGCAGCACUGGCUGGGAAUUUAAGACCUCCAAUAUAACUUGAGAAAAAGGAUUAAUAAAUCUUGUGUCGGCAUUAUUCUUUUUCACUGUCUACUCCAGUGCCUUAAGAUGUUCUAUAUACGUAUGUGUCUACGUACAUUAUGCAUUUAAUUGUUUUAUUACUCAUACUGGACGGAUGCUCUCCUGUUCUUUGCUCAAGUUCUCUUCAUUCUAUCAGGAUGUCGCAUACCUAUCAUGAUUUUCGCGAUUCUUAUAUCCGAUGUCAGAGCUAAUUUCGGUUCUGUCACGUGAUCUAUAAAAAGUGUAUCUGAAAGAUGGGAAUUCGAUAUACGUCAUGAAGAAUGAUACCAGAAAUGUAUUUUAGAUCGCCUAAAAUGUUCACAUAACUGUAAUGGAAUUCAUCAGUCGAUCUGGAAAAGUUGCAUACGUGACGAAGUUUGUUUUAGAAAUUUCGCCGGGAAUUCAUCUGAAUAGUUUUAAUCUUUAAUCUUGUGGGUAUCGGGAAUAACCAAUAUGGCGCUGGAAAGAGUAAACAGCUGAUCGUUUUUUGUACAUUACACGAAUAUUAAGGUAGAAAAAAAUUCACGCGAGUUAAUACUCUCUUAUUUCAAUCCUUGGACUAAAUAUGCUGCGAAAAAUACGGUAAAAACAGACUUUCAGCGUUGAGUGAUUGGUUUUUUCAAUUAUUAUAUACGCGUUCGUUACGCGAAGCGAGAAAGAACCGUUCAAGUUUUUUUGGUUAGGCGUGGUUCUGCUGCCAAAUAGCAUCUUUCCUAGAUUUUACGCAAUUCACGUCCGUUAUGGUGUUCGUUGUUGUGAUAUUGGUAGACAAUACACACAGUUUAACGGUCAGAGCACAUAUUUAGUCAGUUAAAACAUAUUAGAUCGAUCGUGAUGAGAGCUUCAUACUGCAAUUAUUUUAUAUUACAUCGUUUGUACUGAUUUAUGAUAUUUCUUGAAUAUUAUACAUAUAAAAUUCUGCGCGUUGGUGAAAAGUGAAAAAUUCACUUUUCCAACCGAAUAACAUUCACCUACAAUGUUAAAUAUACACUUUAAUACAUCAUAUACUAUUUAAGGUGUCGAAACGGUUGAAAUAAAUCUGGUUCAUUUUGAAGUAUUUAGUCACGCCUUCGUUGAUUUUUUCAUUUUGUUUUUCUUUCAAAACUUUACAUAUUCCGACAGCGAAUGGUUAGUUGGGAAACUGGUUCUGAUGGAAAAAAUUUCUCAAGUGUAAUAAUUACGUGAAAUAAGUUAAGUCGACUAUUUCCUAGUGUGGAAUAGAGAUUUCGGAAAUUGAACUGACUACAAAUGAUUCAUGCAAGUUCCUUUCAUCGCGUUUCGUAUAUUUCACGGAAUUUGCAACCCGCGAUGAGGAAAGCAAUUGAAACAUUUUGCUCAAUCGGAAGAUACCUCGUAUUGCCUCAUUCUAAUUUUCAGCUAACCUUGUGAGUAAACUUUAAUCUCCUCUUUUCGAGGCAUAAAAUUUUUGCAAAACUGAUCCAUUCUAUAAUAAUGUACCUACUGCCGAACCGCGUCGAAGAUAAUUUUGUCAGAUAUUAUGGUUUCUUAUAAUUUUGAUGUGAGUGCAGUGAUUGCAAAUCUUAAAAAUUCGCACAGUAACAAUUACAGUCGUUUGGCUCAAAUCUUAAAAUGUAGUAGAUAGUACAGUGUUCGAUUUGUGACUAAUCGGACUUCCUGUACCCAGACUAGCAAUAAGCAAUUGAGAUAAUAAUGUCAUGUCGCAAAGUAUACAAUUCAGUUGUUAAAAAAAUUUUAAAAUACCUCAAAAACUAUUGAAACGUCGAGUUGUAUUUAAGGAAAAUUUCCAAGUACAAAGAAUGCGUCUAAUUCGUUUAUACGGUUUGAGUAGUGAAGAGAAUAUUCAUAUCCGACGAAUUACGGUAUGAAGAAAACUUGAAACAGUUGAAUGGUUUUCACAUCAGAUCAAAAAGAUUCACAUAAAAGCUAAUACGUAAAAUGUAAGAAAUACAUUUUAGGUCUGGACCUAUUUAUCGAGUCCCUAAUGCCUGAAUCGAUUUAAAAAAAAAAAUAUAUAACCUCCCCCCCCCCCCCCCCCCUUCUUUUGACAGACUCACGUUUAGAACAACUUUUUAUCAUUAGGCCCAAUAAAGUCCAAAUAACCUUUUGUCAAGUGAAAAGCGUUUAUUUUUUGACUUAAAAACAAUUUUCGAUUCUUGAUGUAAAAUAUAUGUUUCAUUUUUGUAAAAUUUGCACUCUAUUAAACUCACUUUGAUUUUUGAAACAGAAACUAGCCUUUCUAUAGCAGAUUGGUGUUUAGAACAGCUCAAUGGAAUGCUUAGCUGCAAGGAAUCAGUUACUCAUUACGAUUCGUGAUUGAGGUACAGAUUUCUUAACAUUGAAUCCAAAUUUGUUGUAUACGGAAUGAAACAAUUGUUUCUAAUCCGAACCGGAGGGGGGCGGGGGGGGGG